UUUUAUUUAUAGCAGAAACUGCAGUCGACAUUCGCUUCCACUGUAGUUUUUAUGUGUAUGUGUGUAGAACUUUUUUUUCUAGGCGAACCGAUGUUUAUGAUUAUUUUCAUUAAUUUUUUUAUUGUUUAGAUGGGUGGACGAGCUCACAGCCCACCUGGUGUUAAGCGGUUACUGGAGCCUAUAGACAUCUACAACGUAAAUGCGCCACCCACCUUGAGAUAUAAGUUCUAAGGUCUCAAGUAUAGUUACAACGGCUGCCCCGCUCUUCAAACCGAAACGCAUCACUGCUUCACGGCAGAAAUAGGCAGGGUGGCGGUACCUACCAGCGCGGACUCACAAGAGGUCCCUACCACCGGUAAUUACGCAAAUUAUAAUUUUGCGAGUUUGAUUUUUAUUACACGAGGUUAUUCCUUCAACGUGGAAGUCAAUCGUGAACAUUUGCUGAGUACGUAUUUCAUUAGAAAAAUUGGUACCCGCCUGAGAUUCGAACACCGGUGCAUUGCUACAUACGAAUGCACCGGACGUCUUAUCCUUUAGGUCACGACGAGUAAACAAGAUUUAUUUUUUUGAAGGCCGGUAUAGAAAACUUUUCAACAGUUCAAUUAAAAAAUUUUCAAGGUCUGUCCACGAAUUUUUAAGAUAUUAUCUUUAAUUAUGCCUAUUUAUUUACUUCGACUACAUUAAUAAAUAAAAAUAAAAUAAAAUAAAAAUAAAAAGCCUUUUGUUUCUUGCAUUUUAAAAAAGUGAUAUUACAAAAAUUAUAAAAAUUGUUGUAUAAUAUUAGUCGUAUCAACAUAAAAGAUAUAAAAAAGGUUAUAUUAAUUUAGCAUGCAGGCACGCAAGAACCCCUCUUAUGUGAGGGUGAAGGCCUCCUCCAGACUUUUUCAUUUGUCUUUAUUUUUGGCAAUUGUCUUCCAGUUUUUAACAGCGAUUUUUAUUAUAUCGUUGUCCCAACGAGUUACCGGUCUUCCUUUCCUUCUAAUACCUGCAGGCCCCCGCCAUAGCGUGAGUCUACAGGUCCAGCGGUCAUCGCUCAUCCUGGCUACAUGGCCUGCCCAGCGCCACUUUAACUUUUGUGAGAAAUCUAGUGCAUCUAUAACUUUAGUCUUUUCCCGUAUGACAUUAUGUGGGAUUUUUUGUAUUUUUCUCACAUUCGUAAUGCUUCUCUCCAUACUUCGUUGACAAGACCUGAUUUUGUUCUUUACGCGUAGCGUGUAUUUCCACGUUUGGCAGCCGUAGGUAAUAGCCAUUAGUUUCUUUUUUAAGUUAAUAGGCAUCGUUCCCUUUAGUGUGUCUUUUAGACUCCAGAAUUUUUUCCAUGCGCCUGAAAUCCUUCGUUCAACUUCUAAUUCAUUGUUUUGUUUUCCAAAGGAAAUUUGUUUGCCUAAGUAUAUGUAGCUAUCUACGUAUUUUAAUGGUUUUUCGUCGAGAUAUAUUGGAUGUUUUAUACUGUUCGACAUAAUUUUUGUUUUAUCUAAAUUCAUUUCCAAACCCACUUCAUAGCUCAUAGUUUUUAGCGAGUGUAUCAUGGAUUCCAUCUCUUUAGCAAUUUCAGAUAAUAGAAUAAUAUCGUCCGCAAAUCUUAGAUGGUUGAUGAAAUUGCCGUUAAUAUUCAGCCCUUUUCUUUCCCAAUUUAGUUUGCUGAAGACCAUCUCCAGUACCGCUAUGAAAAUUUUCGGAGAUAGUGGGUCGCCUUGCCUCACACCUCGCCUUAUGAGUAUCGGUGGUCCUGUCGUCUCAAGUUUGACUCUACUUGUGCAGUUGUUGUACAAAUACUUUAUUAUUUCUAUAUAUUUGUGUUCAACGCGUUGUGAGAUUAGGGCGGUCCAUAUAGAAGAGUGUCGGAUUGUGUCGAAGGCUUUCCGAUAAUCGAUAAACACAACAUAGAGUGGUUUCUGAUAUUCAUUAUAUUUUUCGACAAUUUGUUCGAUUGCGUGGAUAUGGUCUAUUGUAGAAUAUCCACGUCUGAAACCAGCUUGCUCUAUUGGUUGGUGUUCCUCUAUUCUCUUACUAAUCCUCUUUUCGAUUAUUGAUGAAAAAAGUUUGUAGAGUGUGGGUAACAGACUGAUAGGACGAUAAUUGCCUAUAUUAGUGGGAUCGCCCUUUUUGUAGAGUAGAAUCAUGUUCGACUCUGACCAUUGAAAAGGUGUGGAGCCUGAAUCUAAUAUAGAGUUAAAGAGCUGUGUCAGAGGAUGUGCAAGAUAUUUAGAACCUAUUUUUAUUGCCUCGUUAGUGAUUCCAUCGGGCCCUGGACAUUUUUCAGCUUUAAGUUUUUUUAUUCCUUCUAUAACUUCUAAAUCAUCUAUAUUUUUAUCUGUGAGACGUCUUCCGCUGGUGAUUGUAUGCUCGUGCUGACAAAUAUAUUUGUAAAGUUUUGGACUUGACAAUCGUACAGUUUUUUGUAGAAAUUGGUUGCGGUUUUCAUAAUAUCAGUCCUAUUAUGUGAUAGUUUAUCUGACUCUUUUAGUUGUUUAAUCCAAGGCUUGUAGGUAAUUAGCUCCUUGUACGCCUUUUUAAUGCUCCCAGUAGUACUUAUAUGUUUUUCAAAUGUUUUUGAUCGAUGGAGCAUGUAGUCUCUCCUUAUGUUCUUACUUAUGAGUUUAUAUAAAGCUUUUAGUUCAUUUUUCAAUGCUCUUGUUUUUGGUUUGGUUACAUGUAGUUGCUGUCUCCGAUCCAUGAGUUUCCUAGUAUAGGCUGAUAUUACACUAGGUUUAGUAGUGUGUUGUUGGGUGUUUUGUGCGCUACGUAGACUUUUUUCUAUGCCUUGAAUUAUAUUAUCGUAGUUUUCUUGUAUAGUAGCAUCCUCUUUAUUUUGCAGUUGCUCUUCUUGCUUUUCUAAACAUAGUUUGUAUGAUAAUAUUUCCAUCUCGGUUUUCAAUGUUUUUCCUAAACAGUUUGUGUAUUUUGCACGGCUUUUCGUAAUUUUUUGGAGUAUAAAAGUUGCCCUUACAAAUCUAUGGUCGGUGGGAAAGUUCACAUUUAAGACUUGCAAAUUUAGAACAUUUUUAUCCAGAUUUGUUAAUAUGUAAUCGAUUUCAUACUUCUUAUUUCCAUCUGGAGAUCUCCAGAUCCAUCUUAGAUUUUUUGGUUUUUUGAAGAAGCUGUUUGUAAUGCUCAGUUUAUUUUCGUAUGCAAAAUCAAUCAGGCGCUCACCUCUAUUAUUUCUCACCCCAUAUCCAUGAUUUUUCAUUAUCAGGCUCUCUUCUGGUCUAGGAUUCCCAAUUUUAGAGUUAAAGUCGCCCAUAACUAUUAUGUUCUUACCUGUCUUUCUUAAAGUUUCAUUGAUAGUAUCAUAGAACCGUUCCACCUCGUCUUCAUUCGAAGCCUCUGUGGGUGCAUAGACUUGUAGUAUAUUUAGUUGAUAUCCAUUUAUGUUUAGUUUUAGAAGAGCUACUCGCUCUGAUAUUCCAUUAAAACUGACGAUGUUUCUGUUGUGAUAUUUCAUUACAAUAAAGCCAACACCAUAUAAUCCUCGUGUUUCUCCCUUAUAACAAAAUAUGAAAUCGUCGUACUCCCUGACCGAUGUUCCGACACGUCAGAUCUCAAAGAGGCCGACUAUGUCAUAUGUUGUGUUUUUCAAAGAGUCAAUCAGUUCUAUUAAUCGGUGAUUUGUUGAUAAGGUUCUCACAUUAUAUGUUGCCACUUGGAAUAAAUCGUUUUUAGUGUGUUUUCUCCUGGUAGGGUUUUCUGGAGGGUUUUGGUCGAUCUCUCCCGCGGUGACCGGCCGUGGUGGGAGAUGAGGUGUUGGAGGGGCCUUUUUUAAUUGUUAUUCUUUGUUGUUGUUAAUUUGUGUUCCAUUUUUUUGUUUGUUUUCAGGCUGAUCGUGAGAGGUUUCAGUGGGAAUAUAGUUGAACUUUGGUUUUUGUAUGAUAAAAUCCUUCAUGUUUGAUGUCUUGUUCUUUUUGUACGUUUGUUUUUGAUCUUUUUUUACUAUUUGGUUGUUUGCAUAUAACUCUGGUGAUUCAGAUAAGUUUCUUUUAUUAUUGUGACUACGAGGAUGGUGUUGUUCUUUAUCCUUUAAUAUGAUUAGUUUGUCAUAACUGAGAUAGGCCAUAUUUCCUAAUUGUUUCUCUUGUCUCAGUUGAUCAAGGAGCUCUUUACGCUUAUUUAGGAUAUCUAAUGGGUAGUCCUCUUUCAAGUAAUAUGUCGUGUUUUCCAGUAGUUUUUUAUUUUCAGGAUAUUUAUUUUUAAUCCCAUUGUGCUGAAAGUUAUUUUUAUUGGUCUAAUUUUAUCCUUCUUUUUUCCUAGUCUUCUCACCUCUUCUAUACUAUAAUUAUUAUAUUGGAAGUUAAAAUGUGUAUUUAUUAAAUUUAUUAUGGUAUUCUCCAACUCAUGAUAUGAUUUCUCUUGUUCCUCAACGCCGAACAAUAUUAGAUUUUUGCGUCGAAUGUAUUUCUCAAAGUUUUUUAUCGCUGUGUUUUGUUUUUGGAUUUUUGUGUCGAAGAUAUCUUGUUUCGCUUCAAGAUUCGCAAAUUUUUCGUUUAGACUGCUAAUAAUAGUUGUUUUUAUUUCCUCUUUCAUUUCUAACAUUUCUUUUUUUGACUGUCUAAUUCCUUGCUGCAUAUUCUCCAAUAUUUUCCUCCCGAUCCACUAACGGUGCUUUUAGGUACUUCAAGCACCGGUCACCGUUCUCGUUGAACCCGUCGCUUGCGACGAAGGGCUCGACGAGUAAAUUAACUCUCAGACACAGCCCACUGAGUUUCUCGCCGGAUCUUCUCAGUGGCUCGCGUUUCCGAUCCGGUGGUAGAUUCUGCGAAGCACGGCUCUUGCUAGGGUUCGUGUUAGCAACGUCAUCAGGUUUGAGCCCCGUGAGCUCACCUACAAACGUUAGGGUUACGCUGAAAUAGCUCCUAAGGCUAUCAGCUUAGGUAGGAAAAAAAAAACCAAUAUUUUUUUUAUUUCUUCCAUGUUCUUUGUUUUUGUGUCUGUAGCCCUAUCUCGUUGAUAUUUUCGAAACUAGUUGACGGCCUUAACUUCUGGCGUCUUGGUGUAAAUAAAUUAUGCACGGUCGUAUCGAUUAGUCUGAAAUGUAAUUUACGAUUUCCGCUAGGUGGCGAUAUAGCUUUCUUCAAGUCGAUGACAACAAGACGAAUGUGUUUUAUUUGUGGCCUGAUCUUAAGUUAUUGCAUAUUUGUACUAGAUGGCGUCAGUGGAGUUAACUGAGUUACGGUUCAAUUAUAAUUUAUUACUUUUUUAUUAUUCACCGUCUAUACAAAUCAUCUGUUUUGUGGAUCAACAAAGUACACAGGAUUUUAGAUUAUGAAGUUUGUAGGUAUCCCGUAGCACUGAGUUUUGUUUUGUUUUUUUUUGAUUUUGCACAAGCUAGUUACACAUUUCACAAUUUGUUUAACACAUAUCAUGUAGUCGCGACCAUGUAACUGUCAAUAUUAAAAAAUAUUUCGCGGGCGGAGCCGAACGUAUUUUUAUCACUCAAGUUUUCCUGAUUUUUGCUGCUUUGACUACGAACUGAAUUAUGUCCCGGUAAAUCUCUGUUAAAAAACCACACAACUUGACAGUUUUUAUUAUUUUUUGUUCACUUUUAUAUUAUUAUUUAGGAUUUAGAUACGGAUCCGAUGUCUACCGUGCCGCUGUCCGACUACCCUCUAUUUUCAUUCGACUACAUUGCUAUUAUAAUAUUCUCAUUUUAUUUUAAGGAAAUCGGUUUUAUUUUUGUUAAAUUUUUGUAUUGUGUAUUAAAUUUUGCUCUUUUUGUUAUUACCAUUUUUUCAAGUAGAAGUUAGAAAAAGUUGUUCGUCAUUGUAAUAAAACAACACUAAGGCUCAUAAAUAUCCAUUAAUAUAUUAAAUCGAUUGACAAACAGUAGAGAAACUAGAACAAAACUGUUGUGUUUUUGUCAAGCUAUUUAGAAAUUAAUAUUGUUUUCCCAUUACUUUAAGCCUAUUUCCAUUUCGGCUUAGGGAACGGUUCCAAUAUACCUGUAUAAUGCAAAUUGAAAUCAAUUAAAACAUUUGUGACCCACGGAUAUGGAUUACGAAUAACAAAGGUUCGAAAAAUAAGUACUAACAAGGGAAUUGAUUCCAAUUUAGCUACAGAACCCUAACCAAACUAUUAUAUAUUAAUAAUAUUAUAAUAAAUUAAAAUUGUAAAUUAGUCUAGUUCUGGUUUAAUCUAACUAUUCAUUCUAUUCAUAUAAAUAAGCGUUACAGUUCCACAGUGUUAUUGUGAUGGACACAAUAUAAGGCCGUACACUUUGAAUAGUUCGCAAAAAUACUUUUGUUUUAAUGAUGCUGUUGCUUAUUAUUGUCAUAAUUAUUUUAUAUUUAUACACUACGAGGAAUCAUAGUUAUUGGGCUAAAAGAGGAGUGAAACAUGAACGCCCUAUUCCGUUCUUCGGAAACCAUUUGCCCAAUAUUUUGCUGCAGAGGGAUAAUACAGACCUGGGCCUUCAGAUGUACAACGCAUACGAGAACGAGAAAAUCGUCGGAUAUUACAUCGGGAAUAUACCGCAGCUUAUCAUCAGAGACCCUGAGAUCAUAAAGCACAUGCUUAAUAUUGACUUCAAUAGUUUCAGCGAAAGAGGAUUGAACUUGAAUCCGAAGAAAGAAUCUCUUUUGAAUAAUUUAUUUUUUGUGAGUGGCGACAACUGGCGUCGCAUGAGGAACAUUUUCUCAGGAGCUUUCACUUCCGUCAAACUGAAAGCCGUGUUUCCAUUAAUUGUUAAAUGUACCGAUAAACUCGUGAAGAAGACGACGAUGCGACAUGUAAGUGACGAGAUCAAAACAUACGAACUGAUGACUGGAUACACAAUGGAGUUUAUAGCGUCUUGUGGUUUUGGUGUGGACGUCGAUACGAUUUCUGAAAGUAACAUGCACUUUGUGGAUGUUGCUAGAUCGUUUUUUGAUAAGACGAGUCUACAGACUUUCAUGAUUAAUCUUGAUGAAAUAUGUUCCAUUUUAAAAAUAAUACCCGGCACUUUUGAAGUUAACAGUGAAUUCAAUUCAUUUAUUUUAAACAUCACUAAGAAGGUACUGGCGGAGAGAAAUUUUAAGCCGAGCGAACGGAAUGACUUUGUGGAUCAUUUGCUACAAAUGGUAUAUUGGAAUGGUAAUGAAAAGCUAACAACUGAAGCUGACCUUGAAUCGGAUUCUUGGUUCGUUGCUGCACAGGUCUUUCUUUUUCUCGUUGCUGGUUUUGAAACAUCAGCUGUUGCAACUAGUGUAGUGUUACACCAACUCGCUUAUAAUCAGAAUCUGCAAGAUGAAGUGCGGAAGGAGAUAGAUUCUGCUUUGAAGAAGUACGAUAACAAACUAUGCUAUGAGGCAGUGUGCGAAAUGUCUCUACUGGAUAUGACCUUGAAAGAAUCACUAAGAAUCCAGCCACCAGCUGGUUUUAUUAGGCGAAGAUGCAUAAAGGAAUAUAAAAUCCCUGGUACAAAUAUAGCCAUUGAUCCCGGCGUGAAGAUUUUGAUUCCAAUCAAAGCAUUAAAUCACGACCCUAAAUACUUCGAUUGCCCAAGUGAAUUUCGUCCUCAAAGGUUCUCUCCCGAGGCUGAACAAAAUAUUCCGAAAUUCGUGUAUAUGCCAUUCGGAAGUGGUCCUAGAACAUGUCCCGGUGCACGUCUGGCAAGUUUGCAAUCAAUGGCUGGGUUAGCUUCCUUGUUACAUCACUUCGUCGUUGAACCAACGCCAAACACGAGCCGACACUACAAGAUCAAACGUUCUGCGUUUCUCGUUCAAAUUAUUGAAGGUGGAAUACCACUUUACUUUAAACCGAGAACAAAUAAAUAAAAACACUUAGUAAAUGUAUUAUGCAAAUGUAUAUCUAUUAUGCAAAUCAAAUAUUCUUAAAACGUCUUGUAAAUUUA